AUGAGCGCUGAGUGGAGAGAGUAAGCUGGAGAGAGUUGUGGGUAGGAGAGCGGGGUGGGGGGCUGAUUGGGGAGCAGGCAGAAGCAGGGUCUAGAAGGGUCAGAGAGGACAGUUGAUGCAGGAAGAAAGAAGGUUGUGUAGGGGUGGAGAAAGGAGAGAUUGUGAAGAAUGAAAAUAAGAGGCAGUUGAAAGUGAAUUGGGCUGGCAGACUGAGGUAACAGUUAAGCCUGGAGAAGCUGAGCUCGUCCAGAGAAGACAUUGUUAGGAGACAGAUAGAACAAGAACCCACAAACAAAGUAAUUAAAAAUAAAAGAAACAAACGAAAGAACAAAAAAGGAACAUUUACCAAAAGCUACACCAUCACCUCAGUGAUCUCAGUAAGUGUCUGCUUUUUCAAGCCCUACUUUGUUGACAGCGGAACCCAGAAGAGAACGUGUCAACCCCUGAAGUUUUAAGCCAUGGCCCAGGGACCGAUGACGUUCAAAGAUGUGGCCGUAGACUUCUCUCCGGAGGAGUGGGCGUGUCUGAGCCUGGAACAGAGGAGUCUAUACACGGACGUGAUGCUGGAGAACUACAGCCACCUCGUCUCCGUGGGACUUUGUGUUUAUCGGCCACAGCUGUUCUCCUUGUUGGAAAAAGGACAAGACCCAUGGAUGAUCUUGAGGGAUGAGACAAGAGGACUUAAUCCAGACAUAGAUUUCAGUUCUCAGAACAAGAAGUUACUGGGGAAACCCAGCAUAUAUGAAGAAUUAUCUCAAUGGGAAAUGAAGGAAUAUUUUAGAAAACAAAGUCUUGAAGAUUUCCGUUUUGGAGACGACCGGGAAGGCAAAAAUCAGUUUCAAAAGCAUCAAAGUCAAGAAUAUUGUGAGCAACUGGCAGUCGCCUAUGAACGAAUGAUCACUGAGAACCAGGUUUCUAAUCACCAGAGACUUAAUGCCGGAGAGAGAGCAAUCGGAAUUCAGUGUGAAAAAGCCCUUAGUGUGGGAUCUGUCCAUGGUCUUCAUCAGCUAACUCACCCUGGUAACAAAUUGAACAAAAACAAGGAGUGUGGGGAAACCUUUGUUCCGGGAUGGGAGCGCACUCACGGUCAGCAAGUUCCCUGUCAUAAGACACCUCAGCGAGGGAAGGACUCUAGAGGGCCAUUUGGUUUGCCUUCAGGAAUGCCGGACCUUCAGCGAGAUCACACCGGCGAGAAGUCCUAUGACUGUAAGGAAUGCGGAAAGUCCUUUACUUUGAAGUCAAACUUGACGCGGCAUCGCAGAAUUCACACCGGCGAGAGGCCAUACAUGUGCCACGGAUGUGGGAAAGCAUUUACACAGAAAUCACAUCUCACGUCACAUCAGAAAGUUCACACUGGAAAAAGAGCUUAUGUGUGUAGAGUCUGUGGAAAAGCUUUUAACUGUGACUCGAGCCUGACCAGCCAUCAGAAUAGUCAUUAUCACGAGGUCGAUGCUGGGAGGAAAGUGUACGAGUGUAAAAUAUGUGACAAGGAAUUUGGUUGUUAUUCAGACCUCAGUCAUCAUCAGAAAAUCCAUGCUGGAGAGAGACCUUUUAAAUGUAAGCACUGUGGGAAGCCUUUUAGGUUCCAUUCACAUCUUCGGGUGCACACACGAAUUCACACCGGCGUGAGGUCCUAUGACUGUAAGGAAUGUGGAAAAUCCUUUACUUUGAGGUCAAACUUGACGCGGCAUCACAGAGUUCACACCGGCGAGAGGCCAUACGCGUGCCACGGAUGUGGGAAAGCAUUUACACAGAAAUCACAUCUCACGUCACAUCAGAAAAUUCACACUGGAGAGAAAGCUUAUGUGUGUGGAGUCUGCGGAAAGGCUUUCAGUCGUGGCUCAAGCCUGACCAAUCACCAGAAUAUUCAUUACUACGUGGUUAACGCCGGCAAGAAAGUGUACGAAUGUAAAGAAUGCGGCAAGGGUUUUGGUUGCCUUUCAAAUCUCAGUCGCCAUCAGAAAAUCCACGCUGGAGACAAACCUUUUAAAUGCAGGGACUGUGGAAAGGACUUUGGUCAGAGAGCACAUCUUACCAAACAUCAGAGAGUUCACACUGGCGAAAGCCCUUAUGAAUGUCAGAAUGUGGUAAAGUUUUUCCUCGAAGACCACAACUAUGUUGACAUCAGAAAGUCCAUAUUGGUGUGAAAUGAUGGGAUGUCCGCGGAACGUAGGAAACCCUUGUUCGUGGUGUAUGUUAUACCCACACUAGGAUAUCCCCGUUGGUGGGAAGCCCUGAGUCUGGGGUGCAGGCCUUACUCGUCACCAGAACCUUCAUCCUGGGGAAGCAAAGUAAUCCGAGGAAUACUAAAUCACCUCAGAAAACAUGAGCUGUGGAGGACGGUUAGCAACCAGGCAUCUCCACCAUCUACCUCAGGUACCCAGCGACAGCAGGAUACGUCCAAGAUGCAACACAUUUGCACCACUGCCACGGCCCCACAUCUUCCCCAUGCACAUGCACUGCAUCCUCAUAAAAAGCUGGUGGCUCCGUGUAGAGAGAAUCCCUUGUGCUCUGUGUGGGGGCACUACCUGUUAGCUGAAAUGGAAGGAAAUUGGUAAAAAAAAAAAAAAAAAAAAAAAAAUAGAACGUGGGAAAUCUGCAUCUGGCAGAGAGAGAUUUGAACUUAGGGAGUUAGAUGGAGGCAGGAGAUUCCCCCAGCAUGAAACUGAGGACAGGUUCCGAACCCUGAGGGGGACAGAGUAGUUUAACAGUUAAGUAAGUGACAAGCCAGUCAAGGAGCGAGCCCAAGCCUACUGCAUAGGUUUAUUCCUAAAACAUGAAGUCUCAGAGUCAUUCUAGAAACAGGCCAGGUAGAAAAGCUUGAGGCUGCACCUCCUCUCCCUGGUCUUUUUCCCUCCACCCUUGCCCAGAGGCAGCCUCUGUAUUCGCCCUCCCCAAUAAACCUCCCAGGUGAGACCUGUCACGUGGUGUGACUUUGUGGUGUCCACUGCUUAGAUCUUAACAAGGAACCUUAAUAUGUAACGGAUAUGGGAAAUUCUUUAUCUGGGGUUCACGGCUUAGAGCUGCAUGCGGUUCCCCACCUGUAGGUCACAGCCGUCGGAAAUACAUAUUCCUGAUGGCCUUAGGCACUGAGGCACUGCUCCAUUCUACUCAUCAAGCAGCAGCAAGAAGGGGGUUCCGAAGACCUCUGGAAAUGCGUUCUGAUGGUUGUGUUCUGAGGUUGAGAACUGAUAGCUUAUGACAUUCCUUUUUUUUUUUUUUUUUUUUUUUGAGAAAAUCAGAGGUUUAAUUGUAAAAGGUUUUUAAAGCGAGAAGGUACUAAUUGGUCAUCAGUUAUCCGCUAUUAAAGAGGCAAUAGUAUAUAUUUAGAAGGUACAUUUCGGGGCUGGGGAUUUAGCUCAGUGGUAGAGCGCUUACCUAGGAAGCGCAAGGCCCUGGGUUCGGUCCCCAGCUCCGAAAAAAAGAACCAAAAAAAAAAAAAAAAAAAAAAAAAAGAAGGUACAUUUCAAGGUAAUAUAUGUGCAAAAAUUAUAUUUUGACAAGUGUCAUAUGCUGGUGGCUUAUUUUCUAGGUGAACAUUAAUGAUUUUUUUUUUCUGGAACAUUCCAAGAGUCCACAGAAAAUGGAAAAGCAUUUUAAAAUUCAAUUGAAAAUGGUGUCAGAGUAAAUCAGGGUGUACUAUAAAGGAACGGAAAGCCUUACCUAAAAUUUGCCAUAUCGUGCUAGCAUAAUUCUCAUAACAGAAUUAAAUAAGGAUAGCAUUGAACAGGAAGUUCCUGGAAAAAGUAUAAAUUGGUGUGUGUGUGCAUGCGUAUGUAUCUGUGUGUGCGUGCAUAUGUAUAUGUGUGCAUGCAUAUGUGUAUGUGGGGUGUGUGUGUGUGGACAUGUGUGCCUGCGUGUGCACCUGUGUGUGCAUGCAUGUGUAUGUGUGGGUGCAUGCAUGUCUGUAUGUACGUGCAUGUGUGCCGGUGUGUAUGUAUGUGUGGGGUGUGUGUGUGUGUGGACUAUGUAUUUUACAACGUACACGUGGAGGAUUAGGUUUUCUCCUACGAUGGGGGUCUCAGGGAUCUAAGUUGUCAGACUAGAAGCCUUCAAGACUUGGGCUCCAACUCUUUGUUUCUUUUCUGGACACAUGAGCCCAGUGUUACAAUAGAUUUGAAAUUUACCUGGAAUGUUAAAGCUUUUCUUUAAGUAAAUUUUACAUGGUUAAGUUUUAGUUCGGUUGCAUUUUUUUUCAUUAUUUUUAAUGUGUAUGGUUUUUCAUGUAUGUAUGUAUGUAUGUAUGUAUGUAUGUAUGUAUGUAUGUAUACCACGUGUGCCUCUGCAUGUGGCUACCUAAUGCCCAGGGACACUGGAAAAGGCCGUGGGAUCCAGGUAACUGGAGUUCCCGAUGGUUGGUAGCUAUUGGGUGGGUGCUGGGAAUUGAUCCAGGAUCAUCUGGAAGAGCAGCCAGUCCUCUUAGCCACCGGCUCCCGUCACGAUUUAUCAUUUCAGUUUCUGGUACCUUUCAGUUUAUACGAUUUAAGGGAAUGAGCCCAUGUUUAUGUGUGUUGUGCAUGGUGUCAUAUUUGGACAUGGCCACAUAGUCUCAGGCAUUUGCACACUUGAUCUCCAGUUGGUGCUGCUGUUUGGGGAUAUUUAGGAGGUGUGGCCUUGCUGGCAAACUUCUGUCACUGGAGCAGGUUUUGAAAGUUCAGAUUCCUACCAUUGCUGAUUUGCUCUGGCUUCGCGCUUGCACUGUUAAGAUGUGAGCCCUCAGCUCGAAGCCGGCUGCUGCUCCAGACACUGCCUGUCUGCUCACACUUACCUGGAACUCUCAUCCCUCUGGAACCGUGAGCCCCAGAUACACCCUUCCUCUUACACGUUUCCUUGGACUCGGUGUUUUAUCACAGCCCUGGAAAUGUAGCUAUCUCACGAGUCAGUACCAGGGGCUGGGCCAUGGCUGACAGACAGCCUAUGCAGGUUUUUCGAGGAAUGUGGAAGACUUUGGAACUUUGGACUAGAAAAGCAGAUGAAUGCUAUACCCAGAGCUUAAGGGUCAUCCUAGCAGGAACUGGGUGAAUAGUUUACUUGUAAGCUGCUCUUGGGUGAGUUCCCUGACCCCAAGAACCAAGGCCAAGGAGUCACCAUGGGGAGAGAGAGGGGAGAGAGAGAGAAAGUGUGGGCACAGAGAGAAGAGAAAGGAGAAAGAAAGUAGGAGACCAAAAUGUUUGGAUUAUACAGGGAAGAGCCUCUGGGGGAAGGGCAGCCCAGCCCCCAGGUUCAGGGUUGGGGGCAGGGCAUGCCAGGUGGGGACUGAGGGAGGGGUUGGGGGAGCUGGAGGCCAGGUCUGCUUUGAUGUGUAAAAUAUGCACCUCAAUCCCUUGUCCCCGGUCCAAAACAAAACAUCCCAACCUUUUGUUGGUUAUAACUGAAUAAAGGGUGGCGAAAUCA